GUCGUCAGUUGUACUCGGGGAUAAAACCCUGGUCUGUUGCGCCAAAAAUUCCUUCGACCCCCAGUCACCUAUCCUGCUCAGCAUUAAUCAUGAUUUACUUCCUCUGAAAUCUUGUGAGGCCGGGACUAGAAAACCACUAGGGUGACGAUUCCACCUUUUGUCAAUUGCCAUGUGUGUCUUAUCAACAACAGAAGAUGUUUCGUUUGAUAAUUUGUCAGGAUCAUCUCCUUUUAGAUUAUUAACUAUCUCCGGAACAAAUGCUGCACUUCUAGAUGUCCCUAUAUGAAAACCACUAAAAUCUAGGUCACUGACUUUUGUUCUCUCCGGUGAAGUCAAAUGAGGUUUAAAACUUUUCUUCCCACCAGCUACAGAUCGAAAGGGAUCCAAAUUGCUUGGUUUAUUCUGAGGGACAGCAUAAUUCCUGCUGAAAUUUAAUGAGGAUCCAGCACCAUAUACGAGUUUGUGCUUUUUUAAAAGGAAACGCCAUUAAUUUGGCCCCUAUAGUUUGUUGCUUAUUUACUCUAUGUUGGUCCUCUAAAAAACGCAAUUUUUAUUUUUCUCCUCCUUUACGGACCACGAUGGUAGAAAAUCGAACCGCCAUUAUCUAAAUCGGGUUCGGUGAACCGGGAUCCACUCGCCCACUACCUGCGGCGGUUCGAUCCUAGGGUUUUAAUCUCCACAACGCCAUUCGUCUUCCAGAUAGAGAGCGAGAGAGAGAGCGCGGCCAUGGCGGACAGCGACGAGGCUAGCGUAAACGGCGGCGAAGGGAAGAAGAGGAAGUAUCUUCCCCAUGGGAAACCCGUCAGGAAGGGAUUAUAUCCGCUGCGUCCAGGUGUGCAAGGUUUUUUCCUUACUUGCGACGGAGGGAGGGAGCGCCAGGCGACAAAUGAAGCCCUUAAUCUCCUGGAGGAUGUUCGUUCUUCUUCUCCUCUGAAUUGGGUUCCACCUAGGUUUUAUAUCAAAGUUAACUGUAUUUAUGUAGCAUUAAAGAUUAGAGCUUUCUCAUCGUAUUUUUGUGUCUGCUUUUUGGCCUUCGUUGUUGCCUAGCAAUCCAUGGAUGUGUGGUCUAAUGUAGGAUUGCUUUCUUUCAAUGUGCAGUUCUAUGAAGAGUUAGUGCAUG